AUGAAGGAGAAUGAAGCCGUCGCUGAUUUCUUUUCUAGGGUUAUGCAGAUUGUGAAUAACAAAAGGGCUUACGGUGAAGAAGUUUCUGAUCAACAUGUCAUUGUGAAAGUGUUUCAUAGUUUGCCAUCAAUGUGGGACCACGUUGUUACUGCAAUUGAAGAGUCUCAAGACCUGACAACCUUAUCCUUCGAUCAACUCAUGGGGUCUCUUCAAUCUCAUGAAAGAAGAGUGAAUCGAUCGAAUGACACGGUUAAGGAGGAACAGGCUUUUCCGGUAGUAGUUGAAGAGUAUGCUACACCAACUCGAGGAAGAGGACAAUGUUGGGCAGAGCCGCAGACUCAUGCUAUGGUGAAUGAUGAAAAAGUUGAAGAUGAAGAACCACAGUUGUUCAUGGCAUUUGAACUGGAUGAGACUAGGAUUGAAGAAGGUGCCAAAGCACUUGUGGUUGGUCAAGAUAGCAAUGUUCGAGGAAGCUUUGUGUGGUACCUGGAUAGUGGGUGCUCAAAUCAUAUGAUAGGGAAACGAUCCCUGAUUCAAUCUCUGGAUGAAAGCAAGAAAGUUUCAGUUAGGAUGGGAAAUGGCAAGUGUAUCAAAGUUAAAGGUCAAGGAACGAUCAUGUUUGAGGUCUCAUCAGGGGUGUCUUAUUCGUUGUCUCAGGUUCAGUAUGCUCCUGCCCUUGGUUAUAAUCUGCUGAGUGUUGGUCAGUUAAUGAGGGCUGGAUAUUGGUUGGUUUUUGAUGAUGAUGCAUGCAAUAUUACAAACAAAAGAACGAGAGAGUUGAUGUGUACUAUACCUAUGGCUGAGAACAAUGUUUUUCCUUAUAAUGUUGCUCAACAUCAUCCAACAUCCUUCGCUGCUAUCAUUCCAGUUGACUCAUCUCUUUAG